AUGGCGCUCAAGUUGAACGAUCUGGACGAGGUGCGUCACAUGGAGUCGCGGCUUGGAGACGAGUCGCCCGACGUGCGCAAGGAGCGCGAAAUUCUCAGCAGAAACUCGCAAUCCCAGGUCCAUUUGGGAGAAGAUCAGACAGAGGUGGACAAGCUCAGAAAGAACCUUCCUUUGGUGAAUCUCAAGUACGGGGCCGGCCCGGUUCCGCUGGACGACAAAAAGGUGUUUUUCUUUGACAUCGACAACUGUCUUUACCAGCGAUCGACUAGGAUCCAUGACCUGAUGCAAGUGUAUAUACAUCGGUUCUUCAAGGAACGUCUGCAUUUGAACGACCACGAAGCCCACGCGCUGCACAUGAAGUACUACAAGGAGUACGGGUUGGCGAUCGAGGGGCUGGUGCGACUGCACAAAAUAGAUGCGCUGGAGUACAACAAGGUGGUGGACGAUGCUCUUCCAUUGGACAUGAUUUUGAGACCGAACCCGCAGUUGCGAGACAUGUUGUUGCGCAUGAAGAAGAGCGGCAAGGUGGACCGACUGUGGCUGUACACGAAUGCGUACAAGACUCACGGACUUCGGGUGAUCAGAUUGCUUGGACUCGGCGAUAUUUUCGACGGUAUCACGUUUUGCGACUAUACAGAGUUCCCGCUAAAGUGCAAGCCCAUGAAGGAGAGCUUCGACCGGGCUUUGCGCGACGCGGGUGUUAGAGACCCCCGGAACGCAUACUUUGUGGACGAUUCCGGCUUGAACGUGGUUGCUGCCAAAAAGUUCGGCUGGGGCAAAAUCAUACAGUUUGUGGAGCUGGACGAGGACAUGGAACAGCUGACGACAGGCACCAGCGAUGAGCGCGACGGGAUCACCAUCAUCCGCGAUAUUCUGGAGCUAGAACAGGUGUGUUCGGAGCUGUUCUGA